AUUUUAAUGUGUAUUUUUCUGUGCAUGUUGUUUUUCUCUCUAUGUGUAAAGAAAUCUAAGAAUAUAAUGUUUAAUUUCGGACAUCUGAACUCGUUAAAUCCAGCGGCUGAUUGUAAAUGAGUUCAAUGAAGGCGAUAAUAGUGACCUGAUCUGUCCAUGCUGAAUAUUGAUUAGUGAGGUGACGUCACUGAAGACAAAGCUGAUGGAGAGAGAGGACAGGUUACAGGAGCUGGAAAAGGUUUCCUGUCAAUCUUCAGUGUGUGUGACUGAUGGGAACUCCACAGAAUGUCAGGAUUCAGUGUGGAGCGGCAGAGAUCAGUCCACAUCACAGCGACUGCUGGACAAACUCUCUGAACAGAGAUCCAGAGACACACAGGACUCACAGCUCACUUUACUCUGUUCUACUGAUGGUAAUCAGGGUGAUCAAACCUCCACAGAGUCUCUGACUUCUGUCUGUAAUACUGGAGAACAGCAGAUGCUGCAGACACCAGUGAAGACUGAAGUGAAGCAGGAGGAAAUAAAAGAAGAGGAACGACAGAGUGAUGAAGAUGAUGAUCAAACCUACACAGAGUUUCUGGCUUCUGUCAGUAAUGCUGGAGAACAGCAGACGCUGCAGACACCAGUGAAAAUUGAAGUGAUGCUUGUAGAGAUAAAAGAAGAAAACCCAGCAGAGGAACAACAAAGUGGUGGUGAUGAUGAUGAUGAUGAUGAUCAGACCUCCACAGAGUCUCUGGCUUCUGUCUGUAACGCUGGAGAACAGCAGAUGCUGCAAACACCAGUGAAAAUUGAAGUGAAGAAGGUAAAGAUGAAAGAAGAAACCAUAGCUGAGGAACAACAGAGUGAUGAAGAUGAUUAUUUUAUUCCUUCAGAGCUGAUGGAAGUGAAAGAGGAAAGUCGAGAGCUGAAUGAAGUGGAGGAGAUACAUCAUGAUUUCAUAACUGGAGAAAAAUCAUUGAGUUGCUCAAAGACUAAGAAUUUCUCACCAAAAAAUCCUCAAAGAAGAUCAGCCAAGAAAUCUUUUAUCUGCUCUCAGUGUGGGAAGAGUUUAACAUGUAAAAGCUUGCUUAAUGUACACAUGAGAGUUCACACUGGAGAGAGACCUUACACAUGCCAUCUUUGUGGAAAGCGUUUUGCACGUAAAGAUUAUCUCAAUGUACACACAAGAAUUCACACAGGAGAGAGGCCUCAUACAUGCCAUCAGUGUGAAAAAAGUUUUUCAACUGCAACCUGUCUCAAGAAUCAUCUCCGCUGUCACUCUGGAGAAAGGCCAUUUGAAUGUGAUAAGUGUGGAAAAACCUUUGCUGUGGCACAGUACCUAAAAAGUCACCUGAAAAUGCACACAAAUGAGAAGCCUUACAAGUGUUCUUUUUGUGGAAAAAGUUUUGCACGCCUACCCAACUUGAAAAGGCACCAGACAAUACAUACCUGUGAUGGGGUUUAUAUCUGCAUUGACUGUGGGAAGACCUUUAAUUCAGUCUCCUAUUUGAAACUGCACCAAAGAAUUCAUACUGGAGAAAAACCUUACAAGUGCUCAUACUGUGAAAAGAGUUUCACUCGGUCAGAACAUUUGAAAUUACAUGAGAGAAUUCAUACUGAAGAGAAACCUUACAACUGCCCACACUGUGAAAAGAGUUUUACUGGGUCACAGUGGCUGAAAAAACACAAGAAAAUCCAUACUGGAGAGAAACCUUACAAGUGCUCUUCAUGCGGGAAGAGUUUCAGUCUGCCAGAAUACCUGAGAACACACGAGAGAAUUCAUACUGGAGAGAAACCGUACAACUGCUCUUCAUGUGGGAAAAGUUUCAAAAAAUCAGUUUAUCUACGGAGACAUGUAAAAAGGAAUUGCCAAAGUAGUCACUGUGAACAAGAAUCAUCUUCAGGUCCAACAAUAUCAAGUAAAUAGUUUGAAAUUCAGAUAAACCUAAAUAUGGAAUUUCUGCCAAAAGAGCAGGAUCAUCUAAGAGAAUAACAAAGAACAUUUAAUUAAGUCUUUGUUAUAAUUCAGAAAAAUUAAUAUUUGUAGGAAUGCUUUUCUGUUAUGAGAAGGCUAAAUUAUUAUUUUGAAUGUUGUAAGACAACAAACUUGAUGUGGCAGUUAAGCAUGAUGCAGUGUGAGAGGUAUGAGGAAUAUGAAAAGCUUGUGUGAAUGCUGUUUCACAUGGGACACCUUCCACUACCAUCCUCCAUUUUGGAAAUCCACCACCAGUCCAGCUACAGAUGUUGGGGUCUCCUCAUUGCACCUCAAAACUUCAGCUUUUUUCUUAAGAUGUUUUAGUUGUUACUUGUAGUAAAUCUAAACUGAUCCAAAUCAGCCCCUCCUUCUGAAUGUAUGAAGAAAUAUGUUACGAUGAGCAAGAACGCACACAACUAUCACGUCAUUUACAAGCAUUUUAUGGUCGCCAAAAUGAAAACAUGCUCCAAGGGCUGCUAAACGAAAAACAAACAAGCAUGCAAAGAAAGUGCCGCUCGCGAUGCAGGUAUGGGAGUGGUCAUCUGUAUGGAGUGAUUCUAACCUCAGUUUACCGUGUCAAUUACUCCAAAGUAAUGUUGAUGUUUACAUUUUUGCCUUAACAUGCAUAAUUAACUUUUGUAUAUUAAUAAAUUUAAAAUUUCUCGAACCAACAAUUCUGAAUGAAUGAACAAUUUCAGGAGUUUCCCCAAUUCACUACCAUUGAUUUAGUUCUCACUGACCUGCGCACAAUAUCUAGCAUAUAUCUCAAAAAUAUUUAUUAAAUAACUCCCAAUUAUACAGCAUUAACAGUAGCACCUGUUUAGUCUGUGACAGGGACAUCGCUAGACCCAGUAAAAUUUUCUUCACAAAUUCUUGUCUGAUGAUGGAGAUUCCUUUACACUGAAAUGGAAAAAUGUUUUCCUUUUUAUUUGAUAAUUUACAUUACUUAAAUUGUAUAAAACAUGAAGGCUGAUUGUGACGCCAGUUGAACCGAACGAUUCCGUAGUUGUGACUUAUCCAAUCGCUGUUCUUGCUCAUCCGAAGUUUUCCCCCAGGAAUGAAAACUCAUUUGCAGAGAUGUCAUUACUUUUCGACUCUGUGUAGAGCAAAACUGAAAAGGUUGUAGCUGUUUGUAUUUCAUUGAAUGAGUUGUUCAUGGGUGUCCUGUUUUGCAUUUUCCUCUGCACUGAUUUGAUUGAUAACACUACAGAUAAUCUACAGACACGUUGCAUAAAGAAAUCGCCAUUGCCUAUUACAUUUUUGUUUUUACUCUCCAGACAUCUUCACAUAUACUGUAUAUAGUUUUCAUAUGACUUCAUACGCAAUACAGUAUGCAAGAUUAUACAUUUUAUUUAAAUGUCACUUUUGAUUAUUUUAAGCACAUUUUAGCUUUUUUUUUUUCUUUAUUUUAAAGUACAAAUGUCCCAUUCUAUCAAUUUAUAUGAAGUCAUGAAAUUGUACCUUUAACAAUGAUACACACUACUAAAUAUUCACAAGGUUUCAACCUAUUAAUGAAAAUAGAAUUACACAUAAAACAAUUAUUUAUACUACUACAUCAAAACUAUGUAAAAAAAAUACAAUGUUUUUACCAAACCCUUGUAUAGAGGCGGCUCAAGCUUAAGUUCUUCAGUAUUUACAGUGAAGUUUAAAUACUACUUAAUGUAUGAUUGUGCCUUUAAAUAUUUAUGAAUUUACACAUUUAUUGCUUACUACAUAACUAAAUGUUGUUACAUGUUUGUUUAUAUGCACUUGUAUGAUUUAUAUUGAGUUUUUAUGUAUAACAAGCACUAAAUUGGUAUUGUCUCUUUAAGAGAACCUGCAGCUCUGGGAGCAACUGUUUAAGGUUGAAUGCACAUUGAGUAGUUGCACGUUGGUUUUUCCCUCAUACGUGCAAUGUAUGAUAAGAAUUAAUGUUUAUUUUUUACUUUUUUUUUUUUUAUCACCAACUGACUGUAAAUAAAAGAAAAGAUAUUAAAAGAGAC